AUGGCUUCCAGUGUGCAGCACCCAUGGCUUCUCCUCUUGCUCGUCCUCCUCUCGGCCGUGGCCCCGGCAACGGCAAGGACGCCGGUGUUCGACGACAACUACGUGCCCACAUGGGGUGCAGACGGCUAUCACCUUGUCAACCAGGGGACACAGGUUCGUCUCACCAUGGACAAGAGAUCCGGCGCCGGGUUCUGCUCCAAGUCGACGGAUGGUUCGGGCUUCUUCCGCAUGAGGGUCAAGGUACCCGGAGGGUACACUGCCGGAGUCGUCACAGCCUUCUUUCUGAUGUCAAUACCACCUCAGAGCAGUGACCGUGACGAGGUGGACUUCGAGUUCCUGGGCAACGUGGACGGCCAGCCCAUCACCCUCCAGACCAACGUCUUCGUCAACGGCCACGGCAACAGGGAGCAGAGGAUGAAGCUGUGGUUCGACCCGGCAGCCGACUUCUACGAGUACAAGAUACUCUGGAACCCUCACCAGCUCGUGAUAUUUGUGGACGAUGUGCCGAUACGGGUGCUCAGGAACCUGACGGGCCGUGUGCCGGAGUACGAGUUCCCGGCGAAGCGGAUGGGCAUCUGGGCGAGCCUGUGGAACGGUUCCGAAUGGGCGACGGACCGCGGCAGGAUCAAGAUCGACUGGAACCGCGCGCCGUUCACCGCGGGGUACCAGGGCUUCGGUGUCGACGCCUGCGCCAACACCAGCCCGACGCCGUGCCACUCGAGGAACUGGUGGUGGAACGCCCACCGGUACAGGAGGCUGUCCGCCCGGCAGCGUGCGGCCUACGAGAACGUCAAGAAGACGUACAUGUACUACGACUACUGCGCCGACAAAGAUCGGUUCAAGAACACCACGAUGCCGGUUGAGUGCAGCCACACUAGCUACUUAGCCUACUAGCUUGGAUCAGAUCAUCAGAUCGAUUUCCACGUAAAAUGGUUUAUUUAUGCACGGGAGGAGCAAGCAUAAUUAAUGGAUGUUCACAACAAAUAUGUAGCGGUACUGAAUAAUAUUGGCAUCAUUACAUGCACGUAUGGCCGUCUAUUUGAAUUCCAAGCCGACUGAUUUAU